GUUAUACGGUAAAAACUAGAUAAAACAUAAAGAUAAGGGUUGUGUUACAAAAAAAAAACCAAAACAUAAAGAUCAGGGUCUUCCGACAAAAGUCUAUCGAUCCACUUAAAACACUUCCACAAUGUCCGUUCGAAAAAAUAUGACCGUUUGAAAGUAAAUAAAUUCAGAAAUAAUAACUCCCUUCCUCUACUUCAAUCUCUGUUUCUUCCCUCAGUAAAAAAUCGAGAGAGAGAUGGGUUGUGUUUCUUCUAAGCUAGUAAAGAAGAAACUAGUAAGAGAGAUUCGAGUCAACAACGGCGGCGAUCACAUUGUCUCUCUUACUUCCACUACUUACGGUCAUCUCGAUCUCGACCAACGAGCAGAGACGACUUCUCCUAAGUUACAGGAACUCACUAAAGGCGAAACCUUUGAACCAAGGAGAUCUAAUGCACAGAGAGAUGAUCCAGAGAUAAUCAACACAUGGGAGCUUAUGAAAGAUCUCGAAGAUCCGACGAAGAUUAGCCCCAAAUCUCGCGGAGUGUUCGGGAGAUCGUGGAAGACUCCGGCGAAGUCGAGCCUGGAGUCUCCGAAGAGGAACGGUAGUAGUAAGAGAUUCAGAGGAAAAGAAAACAGAGGAGAGAAACAGAGUCCGAACCAGGUUCCGAAGAGAGGCGUGAUGCGUUUGAGUUUCCCUCUCAAAUCAGAAGAGCCUUUAGCGGUUACUACGCAGAGGAGGAAGAGUUUCAGUCCAACGUUCGAUCCGGAGCUCGUAGCUUCUUACGAGAGAGAGCUCUCUCAGGAGAAGGAGCAGAUCAAGAUGGUGAUAAAAACAGAGGAAAAAAACAGAGGAUCGGAGAGGAUCCUCGAGAGUUUCCUGGAGAAAUGCCCGCCGGGAGGAGAAGACUCGGUGGUGGUCUACACAACGACGUUACGAGGGAUAAGGAAGACGUUCGAGGAUUGCAAUAAGGUGAGAUCGGUGCUGGAUUCACACGAGGUUAGAUUCUCGGAGAGAGACGUGUCGAUGCACUCUGUUUUCAAGGAGGAGAUCAGGGGCAUUUUGGGAACGAGGCAGGUGAAGAUACCGGCGGUGUUCGUGAAGGGGAGGAUGAUAGGAAGCGUUGAGGAAGUGAUGAGGUUGGAGGACGAGGGUAGAUUGGGAAUUUUGCUUGAGUGUAUGCCUAAACAGAGGAUGGGAGGUGGUUGCUGCUGUGGGUGCGGUGGGAUGAGGUUUGUGAUGUGUGAUGUUUGUAAUGGAAGCUGCAAGGUUAGGGAUGUGGAGAAGAAGAAUAAUACUGUUAAGUGUUUGGUGUGUAAUGAGAAUGGUUUGGUUCUUUGUCCACUUUGCUCUUAGAAGAGCUUUUAUUCUUCAGUUUUUUUCUAAUUUUUAUGGUGAAAUUGGGGGAAGCUGGAAGAGGAUUGACUUGGUUUUGGUUUGUAAUGAUUUGAUUACAGAGUUUUCAAAGUUGGGUUAAGGGUUCUUGGUGUGUGAACAAGUGAUGUAAUCUAUUUUAAGUGUUUGUAAACGUUUUUUAAUCAAGUAUUCAAUUUAUUU